GCAUCGGCUCCAACCGUGCCCAGGAGACUCGCGCAGCGGAUGCGGCGGCGAUGCCACCACCACCGCCACAAAACCCAGCGGCGGCACAACCUGGAGGAGCAGCGGGACAAGUAGGAGCACCACCGCAGGCAGCGGUGCAAGUCCCCGGCCAGCAGGUGGUGAUGACCAGGCAGGAGAUGCAACAAAUGGUGGCGGAGGCAGCUGCGCAGGCGGUGCAGCAAUUCACGAACAGUCUCUCUCGGGCUACUGCAAUGCAAAACACUGUUGCAGGGUCACGUCAAAAUGCAGAGGAGGAUGAAUCUAGCUACGGUGGAGGCGGGCCCCCACACGACCGGGAGAUGGAGAGAAUGGCGGAACAGCUGCGUCGAUUGCAGGCUAGGGUGGAUGGUCGAGCGGAGAGACGCGCUCGAGGACACCCGAGUUUGCGGGCAGGACCAUGCCGGACUUCUCUGGCUAAGACCCCUGCUCGUACGUAUGAUGAGGUGUUGAGGAGGUGUAGGAAAUACAUUAAUCUCGAGGAGACUGAGACAGAGUUUGCCAAGUUGGAGGAGUUGGGUCGAGGGGAGUCGAGGAAGGAGAAGGCAGUUUCGCCCAAAAGGAGAGCCUCGCCCAGGAGAGAGGGGCGAGCUAAGCAGGAUCGAGGACGAGAGGACAGAUGGAAGGACAUGCCUAUCUCUGGAGGGAAAAGAUAUCAUGAUUAUACCCCGUUGAACGCAAAGGUGGCCAAGGUCUUGAUGGCCAUGGAGAAAGGGAUAGAUGGGAAAGAUGUAACGUGGCCGAGGUCGAGGUUCGAAGGUCCAACCCCACCGAAGUCGAGGAGAUAUUGCCGCUUCCACAAAGACUAUGGCCAUACUACUAAAGACUGCCGACAUCUCAAGGACGAGAUUGAACGCCUCAUUCGGGCAGGGCAUCUUGAAGAGUUUGUUUAUCAGGAUAAAGUGAGGAGGAAGGAGAAGAGAAGGUGUCGGGAGGACUCGGUGGAGAAGAGCGAGGAAGAUGAUGAGGAGGCGCGAGGUGGUCGAGAUGGUCGAAAAAGGGAUGAGGGGAAAAAGAGGCGAGGAAGUAGGGAACGAGAAAGAGAAGGAGAUGGAGGCCAAGUGAAGAGAGGAAUGAUAUACAUGAUUUCCGGAGGACCGACAGAUGGAGACUCGAAUAAUGCUAGGAGGGGCCAUGUUCGGGCGAUGAAGAGGAAGAGAGAGGAGGUGAGUAUCACGGCUCGAGUGCCAGAAAUCAGUUUCCAAGCAGAAGAUGCAGCGGGGGUAGUGAUACCUCAUAACGAUGCCUUGGUGAUUACGACAGAAGUAGCAGGUUUCGAUGUAAAGAGAGUAUUUAUAGAAACGGGAAGUUUGGUCGAUGUCAUGUUUUAUGAUUUCUUU